GAUCUCACUUGUUCUGUGAUUUUGUGUGAAUUAUGUGGAAUUAAUUACUACAUAUUUUCUAAAAUUCAAUAUUUGUUAUGUUCACGUAGAGAUAGUGAUUUGAAAUUAUAUUUGAAGGGCAACCAAAUAUAUAUUUUUUUGAUCGCGCCAUUUGACUCGUGAAGUGAUACCAGGUUAGCAGCUCUCGUCAAAAUGGUGAAAGUGUACGGGCUUCUAGUUCUAUACAAAGGAGUUAACAAUGCGACAAUUUUAAAAGAUGCCUACGACUUAUCAAGUUUUAGCUACUUCCAAAAAGGUUCAGUACAAGAGUUCAUGUCAUUUGUUAGUAAAACUAUGGUGGAGAGGACACAGCCAGCUGCCAGACAGUCAGUAAAGGAAGGAGAAUAUAUGCUGCAAGUUUAUGUGAGAGCGGACAACCUAGCAGGCGUCCUUAUUUCGGACCAUGAAUACCCCAGCAGAGUUGCGCACACAUUGAUAACCAAAAUAUUGGACGAGUUCACAGCAAGAGUGCCGGCUAACACUUGGCCAACGGCCAACAACACAACUGUAGACUUCCCUGUGUUGCCACAAUAUUUAGUCAAGUACCAGAACCCCAGAGAAGCUGAUGCUCUUACAAAAAUCCAAGAGGACUUAGAUGAGACAAAGAUUAUCUUACAUGACACAAUAAAAGCAGUGUUAGAGAGAGGUGAAAAACUAGAUGACCUUGUUGCCAAGUCUGACAGCUUGUCUUACCACAGUAAAGCAUUCUACAAAACUGCCCGAAAAACCAAUAGCUGCUGUAACUUCUGAAGAACUUUGUGUCAUUUGAAUGGCCAUAGUUGUUUUAGAGCAAAGUAUUAAUGUUAUACCAUACAUAGACAUUAUUAAAUGUAAUAAAUGUGUAUUGUGUGUGAUGUGAUGUUAUAAGCUUUUGCUUAAAACUGGGAAACUCAUUAAUAUUCUGCUAUUGUUUUACUUGACUAUGAUUAUUUUGGGGUAUUUUAGAUGCACUUUGUGUAAUCAAAUGUAUAAUGUUUAUAGCCUUAUUUCACCUGCUAAUGCUAUAGGUCAGGGGUCGGUAAAUUUUUGAGAAACUUGCGAGCCGCUGUUUGCCAACCCCUGUCCUAGAUAACCAAUGUUAGUAGAAUGCCAAUGUAUUUAAGUUAAUAAGGUCGGAUAAACAGCUUUGUUCAAAUCAUAUUGCUAGUUUAGCUGCAAUGCUAAGCGAAACUGAUGAUGUCAAAGUAAUUUAUGUGAAUAGCACAAGUUUUGUUAGAUUCAAUUAAUUUGUCCAUUGUAUAUUUUUAUAUUUAGUUUUGUAAUUUUCUUUGAACAUCACAGACAUUUACUCUAUACAGUUGCCUCGUCUACAAUUUUAACAAGGCCUAUUUAGUGGUUAAAAUUUGUGUGGAUGACACUGUAUCUUACUUAACAUGUCAAACUCGGGUAAAUCCAUCUGUCAGAUUAUGCGAUUUCGGUAUUAAGAAAAGGUAAUAGGGUAGAUAUUUGAUGAGAGAGUUGAAUGGAUUAAGUGUCACAAUUAUGCAUAUUAAAAUCGUCAUAUGUGCCAGGCGCAGCAGCGAAAGGCUUAGGCACUGGUCCCACCGCGAGCUAGUAAGCUAUGAGCUAUCGGCUAUAAACACGAACAAAAGAUAAGCACUCCUGUGUAAAUAAAAGAGACACGGCGAUAUUUAUAGUUACUCGCCCAGCGGUGAGCUAUAAAUAUCGCCGUGUCUCUUUUUACACGGGAGUGCUUAUCUUUUGUUCGUGUUUAUAGCCGAUAGCUCGUAGCUUACUAGCUCGCGGUGGGACCAGUGCCUAAAUGUGUGUGUAGUUGUAUGUCUAAUUGAUAUGAAUAUUACAUACUAAACCAUCAUCAUUCAUCAUCCAUUCGUCAUCAAGAUGGGAAAAGUUUGUUCGAUACUGGGUUCUCAAAGUUGUGAUGUUGGAAUGUUAUCUUAUAAUUUCAAAAGUUCAAACCUAUCACCUUAUUUAUAGUAUGACGUGCGACUAGUGUUUCUGUUAUUGAAAUUGUAAUCUAAACAGAUAUUCAUGUUGAGAAUCAUCAGAAUUAUGCAGGUUAUUUCUUCGAUUGUACCUACUUUUUGAAUAUUGUGUCUAUGAAAUGUCUAAAUACUUAUCUCACUUAUUUUUAAUCUGUAAUGUAUGUUUUAUUUACAUUCCUUUUUUACAUUACUUUAUACUACUUAAUAGACUAUUGGUUAAUACAGAUCCAGCCUAUUCUGUUUUUUGCCCACCAAAAUGUUUAUAACACCAGAGGUUAGUUGUAACUUGAUAUACCUACUUAGGUAAAAUAAAAUUAUUGCAAUGUAAGUUGACUAAAAAUAGUUUUAUUAGAUGGUUAGAAUGUGGUAUCCUUGACAUUAUUUGAGAUGAUUAAUUAAUAAAAAUUGUCAAUACAAUUUUAACUUAAUGUGUGAACAGUAAGAUCUAUAUUUGAAUGGAUUAUACAAUUUACAUAGGUACCUAUGUAAACCAAUGCGGGCAAUGAGAAGCAAGGUCAAUAAAUUUUAUUUUGACUAUGGGUUACAAACGCCCAAGUGAGCCUUAGAUUUAAAUAAGGCAAAUAUACCCAAUUAACAUUGUAUAAGUAAAAAAAUAAUCAUCUCGGAUGGUAUUGAAUUUUUUAUUACUGACAAUAACGCCGCAAUGUGGAAGUUCUAAAGAAUGGCUAAUUUUUAUGGUUAUAUUUACUACCCUCAUUGCCAAUAAUUGUGAGUUUAUCUGCCUUACACAAAUUAAAGUCAUAAAAUAUAAAUAAUACCUAGAGAAAGUAACUACAUUGGCCGAAAGUCCUAGCUAGACUGUUAGAACUGCAGAAUGUAUUGUAUAAAGGAAAAUUAGACACCAUUUUGUAUAAGUAAUAUGAAAUUGGCUAAGUUCUAAAGGUCUUGAACAAAUACGUGGAGUAACAGUAUUUUCAUAUUUGUAAGUUGUAUAUUUAUAAUCGUAUUGUAAUAAAUAUACUGGAACACUGGCUUUUGAACAGAAUUUGCGGGGAAUCAAACGAACGUAUGUGACAACUUUUUAUGUUGAUUAAUAAAUCAGGGGUCAUCCAUUAAUUACGUCACACCAAUUUCUAGGUUUUUUGACCCCUCCCCCCCCUUGCCACACUUGGUCACAUUUGGCAAACCCCUCCCCCCCUAGUGUGACGUCACAUUUUUUCUACGAAAUCGCCAAAUCGAAUUAAGUUAGUACCUAAGUAUUAUUAAUAUUUUAUCAAAAUAUUUUUGACGAUAUAAAUAUUAGUAAUUUUAUAACCCAAAACUGCUUAGGAAAGAAAAUGAAAAGAAUAAAAACUAUUUUCGUUUUAAAAACUUGUUAUUUAAAUGUACAGCGAAAAAAAUAAUUUAAAUAAAUUUUCGGUUAUUGAUGAAGUUAAAGUGACGUCACAAAGUUUGUGUCUCCCCCCUCCCCCAUGUCGCAAUAUGUCACAUUUUCUUGACCCCUCCCUCCCCCUAAACGUGUGACGUAAUUAAUGGAUGACUCCUCAACAUCAAAAAUGGUUCUGAAAAAUAUUAGUACUUCAAUGUGUACCUAUGUGUUUAACUAAAGUUUGAAGGACAUUCCUGUAAGCAUAGCAACUACUGAAGUACUGGAUUUUUUCCAGUGGUAAGAAAUGAGAAAAAAGUCUCAGUUGUUACCGCUGGUAACAAGUCAGUGAUCACAGCUGGGUAUCCCUAACUCUAAUUUUUCGGUCCUAUUUAAAAAGUUAAUUUAAAACAUCUCUUCAAUUGGUAAAGUGUAGUUUUGGAAAGUAUUGGAUUUUUUUGUUUGUAGUUACUACUUAUAGUAACUCGUAACGUCGGUGGUAUUUCUCUGGUAGGUAGUAGGUAAUAUACCACGGCGGGUCUUAAUGCUUUGCGCGACUAUUUCUUCGCGAGGUGGCUCGUUGUGUGGACCUGCCUAAUCAUUGUGUUAAAAAUAUAACGUGAAGUACCUAUAAGGGCCAGGAGACUAUCUCGAAAAUCCCUGUGGCAUUUGCUAUAGAAAGGUACGCAUAGAGGUAGAGGUACAUUUGAGUUCUGACUUUCGCGGUAGCCUUCAGAUUCGGAGUAAAGCAAUAAAUAUUUACCCAAUAAUACUUAAGUUAAUAACGAAUAAAAUGUGCGGCUGUGCCGCGAAUAAUGAAAUUGAAAAACGUGUAUUUUUCUUAGAUCUAGGUAACUCAGUUGCUGGAAAAGCAGAUGUCCUUUGAGGAGUAUAAUACCUACAUUCAUAACUCGAAUAGCAAAUAUACUGCUGUUCGUGUGUAUUAUUCUAGACGUUGUUCAAUAAAUAAUCGAUAUUUACUGUUA